AUGUCUACCAAAGCCAUCGUGACCGACCCCGCCGCCUACCACGCCGCCGGGGUCAUCUCCAACGGCCCUCUGCUGCACAUCUCCGGUCAACCCGGCACCUUAGCGGGCAAGACUCCCUCCGAUGGCGUCUCACAGAUCCAUCUGGCCUUGUUGAACUUGCACCGUGUCAUCGCCGCGGCCGGCGCCUCUCCGCGUGACAUUGUCAGUUUAACCCUCUACGUUGUCAAUUACGAUGCGGCCAACCGUCUACACCCGAAGCCCCUUCAGACCUUCCUCGCUGGCCAUCUUCCUGCUGUGACCGUUGUGCCGGUUCCUGCUCUGGCCGUGCCGGAGUGGAAGUACGAGAUCGCUGCGACCGUUGCAGUUCCGUCCCCCACCGUCCCCCGCUCGCUGCCCUCGCCAACUGAUGCCGACGUCGACGUCCUCGUCAUCGGCGCAGGUCUCUCCGGUCUGGCAGCAGCCGAGUCGGUCCUCCAAUCCGGCCUCUCCUGUCUCGUCCUGGAAGGCCGGGACCGGGUAGGCGGGAAAACAUGGACGGAGACACUCCCCAGCGGCACAGGAGUCGUCGACCUGGGCGCUGCCUGGAUCAACGACACCAACCAGACCGAGAUGAUCGCCCUCGCACGACGCGCCGGCGUCGAGCUCAUCGAGCAGAACACCACCGGCAACUGUCUGCUGGAGCAGGACAAGGGCCCUACCGUUCUCUUCCCCUACGGCCAAACCCCCUGCAUCACACCGCAAAUCCAAUCCGAACUGGAUAACGUCCGGGAAAUGUGCGAGGCGGACUGCCAAGCACUCUCCUGCGAAAGUCCCACCGACCCCGCUCUCGACUCGCUCUCCUUCUACGCCUACCUGCAAUCCCGCAACGUCAGCCCCGCCGCUCUCGCGACAGCAUCGGUCUGGACGCGCGCCAUGCUCGGCCAAGAACCCACCGACAUCUCGGCCCUCUACUUCCUGAACUACUGCCGCUCCGGCGGCGGCCUGAUCCAGAUGCGGUCCGACCGGCGCCACGGGGCGCAGUACCUGCGCGUCCGCGAGGGCACGCAGAGCUUCGCCCAGACCAUGGCGGGCGACCUUCCGACAAACACAAUCCUUUUCGGCGAGCGCGUAGACGCCAUCCUCCCAAGCCCUCGCCCGGGAGUCGUCGUCCUCUCCCGGACGGGCCGCGCCAUCCGCGCCAAGAAAGUGAUCUGCUCCACCCCGACGCCGGUCCUCAAGACCAUCCAGUUCCACCCGCCGCUCCCGGCCAAGAAACAGCUGCUGGUCGACUCCUUCCGGUACGGCUACUACACCAAGGUGAUGCUGGUGUUCCGGUCGGCCUGGUGGGUCGAGCGCGGGUAUUGUGGGCUGGUGCAGUCGUUCAAGGGCCCCGCGUCCAUCUAUCGGGACACGGGCAGCCCCCGCGAUGGCAAGUUCGUGCUCACGGCGUUCUUGGCGGGUGAGAGUGGCCGGCAGUGGGCGCGGGAGAAGGACCCGCGCAAGCGGGAGCAGGCGCUGCUGCGCCAGUUGGGGCGGAUCUAUGAUGAGCCCGAGGUCCCGGCCACAGAGUUUGUGGAAGCGUUGGGCCACGAGUGGAGCGAGGAGGAGUUGUCGGGCUGGGGUUGUCCGUGUCCGGCGCUGCCGCCGGGGGUGUUGACGCUGGCGGGCGAGGCGUUGCGGGAGCCGGUCGGGAAUGUGCACUUUGUGGGGACGGAGACGGCGGCGGAGUGGAAGGGAUAUAUGGAGGGGGCGGUGCGGAGUGGGCGACGCGGGGCGAGGGAGGUGGUGCAGGGGUUGAAUCGGAGUCGACUGUGA